UAUGUCGAACUUUUUUUAAAUCUCUGUGAUUUAGGCAAAAUUUUUAAGUUCAAUUAUGGCUGACCUUCUAUCCAAAGAAAAGAAAGCCGAAGCCGCUGAUGAAAGUCCUAAAUUGGGAAUAGAUUCUCUUGCUGAAAACCUAGCUGCGGCCUUAACUAGCAUCUGCAAUUAUGAUAGAUCAAAGUUAUUUGAUUCAACAGUACUGCCAUCUAGAGAAAACAAAGAACACAAUGGUUUAACAAGUAUUGGUAGUUCCGAGGAGUCUAGCGAGGUAUCUAUCACUAAGGAUUCCAUUGAAAGUUUUGAUUCUGAAGUACAUUGUCUGAUUUCGAAUUCUAAAGGAGAUUUGCACCUGCUUCCACUGGAUGAAGAUUUCAGUGCAUUAAAGGUUAUCUCCGAGGAUAAGAAAAGACUCUUGGGCAAGAAUCCAAUGAAACUUGAUAUAGAACCAAGACUAUUGAAGCUUCUGCAUGAUUCUGAUAAAUGCUGUUACCUUGUGUUUGUGGGCAAAUACAAAUUUCGUUGCCAUUUGGCAGUACUUCAAGCCCAUUCGAAAUACUUUUUGCAUAAAGCAAAUCCAGACAAAUUGGUCUCUCAUUUGCCCAUGGAACAUAUAACACCACCAGCAUUUCAUAUGAUUUACAAUUGGAUGCUUGGCAUUAAGAACGAAAAGACCACAAAAAAGGACUGCCUUUGUCGCAGAAUUGUGGAAACAAUCAGUGCUGUGAAAUUUCUAUGUGUAGACGAGUUGCACGAACAUUGCUGGAGCUCAUUGAAUGCACCGGAAAUUGCAGAGAAUGUGGCCUUUGCCCUAUUUCAAGAAGCUGUCCGUUUUGAUAUACCCAAAUUUUUGACCAUGAUGCUGGCACGAAUUUGCAAAUUUUUUCUAACUUUAGUCGCAUCUCGGGAAUUUCUCGAAUUAGAUGGUGAUAUUGUUUGUCAACUGCUGGCCAUGCAUAAUGUCGGAGUCAACAAUGAGAUUGAGAUUUUUAUGUCGGCUUUACGAUGGCUAGCGCACUCAUGGCCCGAAAGGCAGCCUCAUAUGGUCAAACUGAUGCAUUGUGUUCGAUUUGGCCUACUUCCCCCACUAUUUCUACGGUUUCUACAGAAUGAGCAGCAGACGAAAGUUUUGCAAUGCAUCUCCCAAAAUGCAGAAGUUCAAGAGAUGAUUAACAAAGCUUUUGUUUACGCCUCCACAGAGCUCUUUGGCUGUGACUUGAAGAAACGUCUCUCCUUCCGUUUGCCCGAUUGUGAUCUGCCAGAGCAACGCAAAUGGAUCUACGAUAAGGAAUGCAGCUAUCACCAUGAAUCGAACUUUAUGCAUCGUCAAUUUUUCACAUAUGCAGAGUUUCUUAAAUAUUUGAAAUCUCUGCAGGAAAAAGGUCCCAACUACUGGCAGCAAUUGCCCGUGCUUCGCGAUAUCCGUGGUGCGGUGUGAGAUGUCCUUUUAGAUAGUUAGUAUAUAUGUAGGUAUAAACAACAAGGCUUUCAAGAUCGAUGACUUUUUUUUUUAGAAAAUAUAGAGUUAGUCUUGUGACUCAAAGGUAAACAAUACAACAAAUUUCCUCACUAUGCA